UUGAAAUACGAAGGAAAAGCCUCCAUUAAAUCUUCUCAUUCAGCCUUUUCAUUAUUUCUAGUCAUGGCACUGCUACCACCCACUUCUCUAGUGUUUACAGUCCGAAGGCAUGAACCCGAGCUAGUCGUCCCGGCUAAGCCUACCCCUCGUGAGUCUAAAUUACUGUCGGACAUCGAUGACCAAGAGGGUCACCGGUUCCAAAUUCGAGGGAUCCAUUUUUAUCGGUUCAAACCCUCCAUGCAAGGGAAGGACCCCGCUUGUAUUAUAAAGGAGGCACUUGCGAAAACCCUAGUGUUUUACUAUCCAUAUGCUGGUAGACUAAGGGAAGGGCCAAACCGCAAGCUUGUGGUGGAUUGCACCGGAGAAGGUGUGCUGUUUGUUCAGGCUGAUGCUGAUGUUACACUUGAUCAAUUUGGUGAUUCACUUCACCCACCAUUCCCAUGCUAUAAGGAGCUUCUUUAUGAGGUCCCUGGUUCCAAUGAAAUACUAAAUUGCCCAUUGCUGCAAAUUCAGGUGACUAGCUUGAAAUGUGGUGGUUUCAUCUUCGCCCACCGGUUUAACCACACCAUGAGUGACGCGGUUGGGCUAAUCCAAUUCAUGUGUGCCAUGGGGGAAAUGGCACGAGGUGCACUUGCUCCCUCAACCCCACCGGUUUGGGAAAGGCACCUCUUGAAUGCUCGACACUCACCACUCAUAACAUGUGUUCAUGACGAGUACGACAAUGCCACUAUCACAAAUGGCAUAAAAAUGCCAGACAACCUGCUUCAUCGCUCUUUUUUCUUUGGACCAACUCAAAUUUCAGCUCUUCGUAGAUUUGUCCCUCACAACCUCCGUUGUUCAACGUUCGAUAUCGUAACUGCAUGCUUAUGGCGUUGUCGUACGAAAGCCUUGAAACUUGGCCCUAACGACGAUGUUCGCUUCAUCUGCAUUGUCAAUGUACGGUCCAAGUUUAAUCCUCCGUUACCGUCAGGAUUUUACGGGAAUGCACUCGGUUACCCAGCGGCUCUAACGACUGCAGGACAACUAUGCCAAAAUCCAAUGGAAUACGCAAUAGAGCUAGUGAGACAGGCCAAGGCAAAGAUAACGGAAGAGUACAUGAAAUCGACGGCUGAUUUGAUGGUGAUAAGAGGUCGGCCAAAUGUUAACACAGUUCGGUCCUUCUUGGGGUCAGAUUUAACACGUGCCAAGUUCAGAGAGGUUGAUUUUGGAUGGGGUGAGGCAGAGUUUGGUGGACCAGCCUAUGGUGGGGAUAUAAUAAGCUUUUAUAUACCAUCCAAGAACAAGGAAGGAGAGGGUGGGAUUGUGGUGCCAGUUUGCUUGCCAGCCCCAGUAAUGGAAAGCUUUGUUAAGGAACUGGAUGGAAUUUUAUCCAACGGUGAGGCAGCAACUGGAGUUGAGAAUGAAAUUUUGUCCAAGGACGAGGUUGUAGCUGGAGUUGAGAACGGAAUUUUGUCCAAAGACGAGGCCGCAGCUGGAGUUGAGAGUGAAAUUUUGUCCAAGGACAAGGCCGCAGCUGGAGCUGAGAACGGAAUUUUGUCCGAAGACAAAACAACUAGAGUUGGGAGAAAUUUUAACUGAUUCUAUGCCAUCACAGUUUAAUCUCAUUUCAAACAAAUUUGUUACUCUCACCAUGUUUAAAGAUCAUUUAGCUUGAUGACAGGCACCUUUAUUUGUUUUUUUUAUUAUCGGUUUUCUAAUGUGUGACAAAAUCCAUGUUGUAAUCUCUUAGGAGCUUUUCUUUUUUUAAAUAAUUGUAUCUAGUUCUACUUUAUUUGUAUAUUUACUUUGAAAAAGAAAAAAAAGGAGAGAAUGGUGCU